AGUGACAGCGUUAAACCCUGCCUCUUCCGAUUAUGCUUUUGAAGCUCAACAAAACCACUCUCUGAGAGCCCCUGAGCUUUACUCUGCAACUUGCGUGCUUGUUCUCCAUGCUCAAAGAUGCUUCCUUUCUACAAUUCCUUUCCUCACCUUUCCAACCAAACCCAGCAAACCAAUGCUUCCACUGCUCCACCUCCUCAACAGGUUAUGCCAUCUAAUCCUUCCCUUGUAAAUUCGUGUAAUUUAGUGCAAAAUCCUAUGCAAUUUCAACCCCAGUUUGGCAUGAGCAAUGCUCAAAAUCAAUUGCUCUUUAGUAAUCCCAAUGCCCAUUUGAAUCUUAAUGUGCGGCCUUCCAUAACUCAGCCUGGUUUCGUGAAUGGACCUUCCCAUCUUCUUUCCUUGCAGAAUACUCAUAUGGGUAUGUCCCGUAUGGGUUCUCAACCCGGUCAGUCCCAUUUGGGGCUUGGUCCACAUAACAGUGUAUGCAAUAUGAACACGGUUGCAGGGUUUCAAGGUAAUGGGCAAUUCUGCAAUUUGGCGCAGAAUGGUAAUCAAGCCAAUGUGUCUCAGCCUCCUUUUGUGCAUAAUUUUCCAAAUUUACCUCAACAACUCAAUCAGAAUAUGGUUUUGCCGAAUGGGCAGUACGGUUUUCCAAAUAUGUUUCAAAAUAUGAACCAACUUGUGCCCAUGCAAAUGCCAACUUCUUCUCAAGUUGGUCCUUACGGUAUCCCUCCCUAUCUAAUGGGUGGUCUGAAUCAACCACCUCAAGCCACAGUUCCUCAAAAUCCCACCUUCUUGGCAAACCUGCCGUUUGGUCUUGUUCACUGCAAUCAGGUUGGGCAGCAAGGUAAUCAGAAUCAGCAAAACUUGGCUCCACCGACAAAGGAUGCAAAUGCGUUAAAACCAUCAACUGUUGCAGCUCCUCAAUUGCAAGGGAACUCAUCUGCACCACUUAAUCAUUGUCCAGCUCAACCCCAGCAGUUUAAGGACUUGCAAACUUCUGCUUUCACAAGGUCACAGGGCAAUACUUUUAAGAAUGGUGGGAUUAAUGCUGCAAGCUCCAACUGGAAAAAUUCACCAAGCAAAAACUUCACAAGGAAUCCGAAAAGAGGGGUACCACAAGGGGGAUCUCAGAAGUCUCAGUUUCAUCAUGUGAAAAAUGAGAAGAGAAAGUUUGGGUUUCCUAAUGAACAGAAGGGGAAAGGGUUUACAAAUGAGAGGACAGGAAAAUUUGGCCUUGCUAAUUCUACCAACCAAGCCAAAGAGAAGAAGAGAUCUCUUUCUUUGAACUACACGGAACAAGAAAUCCAACAGUGGCGUGAAGCACGUAGGAAGAACUACCCAUCAAAUGCCAACAUAAAUAAGAAGCUAGCAGACUCUGAGCGCAGUGAUAGAGAAGCCAAACUACGAAAAGCGCAACUCAAGGAGAUUCUAGCAAAGCAGGCUGAAUUGGGAGUUGAAGUUGCAGAGGUACCAUCAUACUAUCUCUCGGAUUCAGAGAAGCUAGGGCAUGAAAGGGAAGAGACCAGAAGGCCAUUGACUAAGAAGGAGAGAUUCCAAAACAAGUUUAAUAAAAGAGGAAGAUAUGACAAAAAAGACCGGUUUGCCAAGAAGCAGAGGUUAGCAGCGGACAAGGAUUCAUUGAACGUCGCUUCUUUGAACCAAAGAAAGCCAACACUACUGCAGAAACUUCUGAGUGCUGAUAUAGGUAGAGACAAAAGCCGCUUGUUGCAGGUUUUUCGGUUCAUGGUGAUGAACUCUUUCUUCAAAGAUUUUCCUGAUAAACCACUGCAGUUUCCAUUAGUAAUGGUUAAAGAAGGUGAAUGUGAGGAUGAUGUGGUUAAAGAGAAAUCUUCUCCUGUGGGGAAAGAUGCUGCAGGUAGCAUCUUGACAACUCAUGCUAAAAGAUUUAAUGAUGAUAAUGGUGAAGAAGAAGAAAAUGACAAUGGCGAUGCUGCCGCCGCGGCCGCGGCGGAUGAUAAUGAUGAAAAUGAUGCUCUAGGAAAAGAAGCAUCUUAUUUUGUUAGGAGAGAAGGUAGUGGUAUUGGUGAGGGAAGUGAGAGACCCGAGGAAGAAGAGGGUGAAAUCAUUGACUAGAGAGGUCUCCCUCUUUGAGCAUUGUACUGCUAUGUAUACCAAACAAAUAUGUAUAUGUAUGCAUUAGAAAAUUGGCAGCAUGAGCAUCGUUUAUCA